ACUCCACUAUUGCCGCUGAUAUCUUCUUCACCCAUAUCCGGAUCACUUCCGGCACUACGUCACUUCCUUCCAUCGAUACACCAAUCACAGUCCAGUGUUGUCAACCUGCCUUCCAAAACAUGAAAACUCGCGGCUCGUACUUCCGGAAACAGGAAGUAUUUAAGCCCCGCCUUGUUUAUUAUGCAGCAUUUAGGUCAUUGCUAACCGAUUCCCGGAUGUCUUUCUGUUUGGCCUAUAACACACGAUAUAAGUCACAGAAUAUUACGCCAUUUUACACACAAAACCUUAUAUAAGAAGGAUUAGAAAACGUCAUCCAUAGCUCUUUCGUAGCUAGGGCUGUUCGAGACCUAGAAAUUUUGGAGUCGACUCCGAUUCUGAUUCUGUUUCCAUAGCUUUUAGGAAUCGAUUCGAAAACUUACAAUGGUUUAUUUACUUCACGGAAGCACAAUUAAAACGCUAAACAGGCAGAAUAUCCUGUGUAAUAUCGAUUAACCGGUCAAAUACAUGUUUGCUGCUUUUGUACUUGACCUUCAGCCUAAACUCAGUAAAGAACCGACAUUCAAGCUUCGGAAGCGGCUCCCUACUCCCAAUGCCUGGAAUCGGAGAGUCGACUCUCAUUGGAAUCGAUUCCCAGCUCCGUUUAUAUGCAAUAACAAUAGUCGUACAGGUUCAUCUGUCAUAAGCAGCAUGAUAACGCUCCUGAGCUUCUGGUGACUCGGUGGGCGCCAUGCAGAGACGCCACAGUAGUAAUACAGAUGGCAUGCCAACUGAAAGGAACAGGAGUCAAACGCUCGGGUCCGAGAGCAGUCUGGAUGAAGGAGGUGUGUUUGAUUGUUUAAAGCCCGAGUCUUCCACCUCGCCCCAGCAGCUCUUCUCAGGCCUGGUGGGCGUGUCUGCCAGUUCCGUGACCUCGGCCCCGUUCCAGGCUGCUGGACUCGUCCUCGGGUCUCCUCCCGAGGUCUUCAUCCAGAUGACUACUUUGUCGCGGGAGGACGGCUCUCACCGGGCAGAGAAUGCAGCGUUUCUUCCUCGCCCUGCCCAGCACCAUCAUCAUCACCACCAUCAUCAUUUCCACCAGUCGGGGCAGCACCGCUCCGCCCUGCUUCAUUCAGCGUCCUCGGCUGAGAGACGGAGCAGCAGGGAUGAUGGAGGAGACGACGCGUCUGCUCCGGCUCCUGCUCUGUCCGAACUGAAAGCUGUGGUCACGUGGCUGCAGAGAGGAUUCCCCUUCAUCCUCAUCCUCCUCAUUAAAGUCUGUUUCCAGCACAAACUCGGUAUUGCCGUGUGCAUUGGCAUGGCCAGCACGUUCGCCUUCGCUAAUUCAACUCUAAAGCACCAGGUGUCGCUACGGGAGGAGAGGUCCAGCUUUGUUGCUGUUUGGAUUCUGGUGUUUCUAGCAGGCAACAUUGUGUAUGUGUAUUACACGUUCAGUGCUGAGGAGCUGCACAACAGUCUGAUAUUCGCCAAGCCGAACAUUAACAGUUAUGAUUUCUUCGACCUGAUCUGGGUGGUCGGAAUCACCGACUUUGUGCUCAAGUACUUCACCAUGGCUGUCAAGUGCCUCGUUCUCUUCCUACCCAAAAUCCUCCUGGCUUUCAAAUCCAGAGGAAAGCUUUAUCUGCUUAUCGAAGAGUUCAGUCAGCUCUUUCGUGCUCUGGUGCCCAUCCAGAUGUGGUACAAGUACAUCAUUGGCGAGGAUCCAUCCAGCAGCUACUUCCUGGGUGCAGCGUUGAUUAUCAUAUACAGCCUGUGCAAGUCAUUUGACCUCUGUGGAAGACUAUCAGGUAUUCGGAAAGCCUUCGCCGUGCUCUGUAGCUCGCAGAGUUACGGUAUGAGGGCCAGCACGCAGCAGUGCAGUGAGGCAGGAGAUGUGUGUGCAAUCUGCCAGGCUGAAUUCAGAGAGCCACUCGCUCUGCUCUGUCAGCAUGUGUUCUGCGAAGACUGUCUGUGUCUGUGGUUCGACCGGGAACGGACGUGUCCGCUGUGCCGUGCGGUCGUCGUGGAAACGCCUCGCAGCUGGAAGGACGGCACCACGUCCGCGCACUUUCAGAUCUACUGAUCGGAUGCGACGUGAAACUCCCGUCGAAGCGUCUAGAAAUAAGAUUUGUGUUCACGCCGGAGAAAAUCACACGGUCGGGUGUAGAAACGGUGAAAAGAUGCGUCGAGCCGCAUACAGAAUUUUUAAUCGCAUCUCGAUUCCCAGAGAGUCCCGUCCCGACUCGUAGCACGGACUUUAUCUCCUUUUAAAUCCAUCGGUAGCGCCGUUGCUCUGUCCCGCCGCAUCAGCACUAAUUAAGCGUACCUCUGAUAUAAAAACAACAUCUUGCAGAAAGGAAAAGGCUUGCCAGUUAUGCAGUGUUGCCCUCUACUGUUUCUCCACAGCAGCGUCGUUUAUCUCAUAGCCUUCGAAAAUGCUAAAUCGUGUUCAAAAAUAUUCUAAUGCAUGAUGAUCUAUGACUGUACUUUCAUUUUUACUUACUCGAUUAAAAGCCUCUUUCAGUAACAACCCCCCCACCCCCAGAAAAUCAGUCAAAUUCUUCUCAUUUGCUCAAUUCAAAAGCCUUUUAUUGUCAGAAAUCACAGAAAAUCACAAUAUCAAAAUAGCAGAGGUAAAUCACGUGGAAUAAAAACACACAGUAACGCGAGCUAUGUUCAUAAUCCAGUGUGUAGAAAAGAUCGUAGCGUAUGUAAACAUCGGAUUCACAUUAUGCCGUGUUUGAGUUUGUAGGGACGUUUUUCUACGUUAACACUUCGAGCGACCAUCGAGUCAAAGCCCUUUAUAUAAAAAGCCCUAGAAGAGAUUUGUGUUGAUAGAGAAAUACCUACUGUAGGUCAAAAUACAGCUCCGACAGUUCUAGCGUACACAUCUACGUCGUCAUAAAGAGCCUCGGAUCAGGAGGAAAUAAAAACCAGGAAACUAACGCGAAAGGGAAGAAACUCCUGAAUCGAAAGAAAGACGGAAAGAAACGAAAGACAUUGCCUAAAUUGAAAUAAAUAAACACACAAAUAUGUAUAUACUUAUAUAAACACAGGAAUAAAUACGUCAAAGAAAUCAAUAUACGAAUUCAUGACUGAAGGAAGAAAGAAGCUCGUUCAAAGAGAAUGACUGAAAGAGAGGAAAGAAAGAAACUGCUUAAACUGAAAGAGAAGAAAGGAAGAAGGAAUGUCUAAAAUGGAAAAAGAAAGAAAGCAAUGAUCAUUGUGACCCUGAUCAGGAUAAGGCAGAAAGUGAGAGGGGGUGAGAAAUAAGCGAGAGAACAGAAAAAGAGAAAAUAGAGUAAAGAAAGGAAAUUGCCUAAAUUUAAAGAAAGAUAGAUAGACAGAAAGAAACAAAGAGAAGAAAGAAAGAAAUUGGUGUAAAUAAAGAAAAUACGGAAGAGAGAACAAAAAAAUAAAAAAAGGAGAAAGAAAGAAGAAAAGAGAAUAAAUAAAUAAAUUGCCUGAACUGAAAAAGGUAGAUCGAGUAAAGGUAGGAAGAAAGGAUGAACGAAAGAAGAGGAAAAAAAAUAUGAACGAGGAAAAAAUAGGAAAGGAACAAGAAAGAAAGAUGAGAAAACAAAAAAAAAAAAAGAAAGGAGAAUAAAGAAAAAAAAAAGAGAAUAAAUAAAGAAAUGGCCUAUGCUGAAAAAGAUAGAUAGAGGAAAGAAAGAAACAAUAAGAAGAAAGUAUGAAUGAAAGAAGAGGAAAAAAUAUGAAUGAGGGGGG